AUGCAUAUAGAUAGCCAGAAGGAACAAGCCUUUAUGCCUUAUCUUUUUUAUUACCUUCCUUCUGUUGUCAAUUUUUCCCCAGGCCCAGAUUAUAUCAAACAGAGAUUUCAGGAAGGUGUAGAUGCUAAAGAAAAUCCAGAAGAAAAAGUACCGGAAAAGCCACCUACACCAAAGGAAUCUCCUCAUUUUUAUCGCAAAGGCACGACACCCCCCAGGUCUCCUGAAGCAAGUCCCAAACAAAGCCACUCUGCCCAGCCCUCCUCCCCAAAACCCACAAAGAAGCAGAACCCCAGCUCAGGGGCAAGACUCAACCAAGACAAACGGAGUGUGGCUGAUGAGCAGGUGACAGCCAUCAUCAAUAAGCCUUUGAUGUCAAAGGCUCCCACAAAGGAGGUGGGAGCCAUGGUGCCCACGUCCAAGUACUCUGGCCGCCACCACAUCCCCAACCCCAGUAAUGGGGAACUGCAUUCUCAGUACCACGGCUACUAUGUGAAACUGAACGCCCCCCAGCACCCCCCAGAAGACGUGGAGGAAGAGGAAGGAUCAAGCCCGUCUUCCUCAGCGCUGGUGCACAAGCCAGCACCCAACAAAUGGAGUCCCCCUAAAUCUGUGACAAAACCAGUUGCCAAAGAAAGCAAAGCUGAGCCAAAAGCUAAGAAGUCUGAACUUGCUAUACCAAAGAAUCCAGCAAGCAACGAUUCAUGCCCUUCUUUGGAAAAAGAAGCCAAUUCAGGCCCUAAUUCAGUCAUGAUUGUCCUCGUCAUGCUGUUGAAUAUCGGGUUGGCCAUUCUUUUUGUUCACUUUCUAACUUGAUUGGAAUUAGGAAAGCCCCCAUCCGGCGAAGUUCUUGGCAUUGGCUACUCCAUCUGUCCUAGCAGAGUGUGACUAAACUGGAAAUGUAUGGAGCUGCACUUUUUUUUUUUUUUCCUGAUGGAAGUCAACAGCUGCCUUACUAUUUUACCAUCUGACGUUUUUAGUAGGGAGCUGGGAAAACAAACGACUGCCCGAAGAAUGCGGUCGGAGGAUUGUGUUGCUGCGGCCAUGGUUCCAACAUUCACUCCUAUCUCAUUAGAAGAAAUAGGUAGCAGCAUCACUCACCAGUCUUACGCCAUGACCUGCUGCUUUCACAUCUCCUGGAAUGUUCUGGGAGAGAACGUUUCGUUUGCUUGUGCACGCCUCUGUUCAUUCUUGCUGUUUAUUGAAGUAGGAUGUAUAGCCCUCUACAAUGUGUGGUCCUGGCUGGAGGAAACACACUUGUUGCAUCUCAAGGAAAAGAAACAACAACAUUCUAGAGAAGAUGUGUUCGUUGCGAUAGCAAUACAUCAUUUUUUUUUUCAUGCCGUUUAGUCUUCCUAAACCUGUAACAGGCUGUUUAAAAUUUAGCAGUGAUGAAGGCAUUAUACCUUCCUAAGAAAUAAUUUUAAAUAGUUUUAAUUAUGCCCUUAGGAGGUGCUAAAUUUUAAAAGCUGAAAGACAACAGAAUUCUAAGAAGUGUAGUCAAAACGUUGCAUGGAUUGCAGUAAUCAGUGUUUAAAGGAUUCAGUUUCAUUGCUGACGUACUUUACAACCAAAUAAAAUCUUGUCAGUGACUAUGUUAAUUCCCAUGAAAGUUAAGCAAGAUGCUAUUAAUAACUGCUCUGGUCUUUUUUUUUUUUUCUUCCAACUUAAAUUUUUGUUGAAUACAUUCAGGUAGAGCGUAAAGCUUUGUUAAACCUCUGCUUCUCAAUUUUACGCCUUUACGUGUGUUUCAAAGUCCUUUCGUAAUUUUAUUUCACAUUUUAAAGGCUUAGACGUUUUUAUUUAAAUAUUUGUCUUUUGCAGUCCUUUGUUAUUCUGACAUCUGAUUUUUUUUUUUUUGCUGUUUUAUAAUUCAUCCUUUAUUACUCAGAAGCAUGCUUAUUACUUAGAGACACUACGUGGUCUUUAUAAAGAUAAUUAUUUAAAAAGAAAUCAGGGGAGGAAAGGUAUCUUAAAUCUCUCUAAGACAUUACAUUGUGGAGAAGGAGCUAGCUAUUCCUAAAUAUUUUCAUGAUCUGCAUGGUUUAAUCAGAUUCUUGCUACCUUUUCAAUGCAGAAGAGACCACUCACGUGUUAGCACAGGUGUGGACUGAAUGCUUUGUCACCUGCAAGGUAGUAACCCAGUGAUGUUUUUUGCAGAAGUGCAAUAUGUUGAGAAUCCUGGGUGUGACCAAUAUGGAAUAAAGAAGAAAGCAGAAAGAGAGCAAAUGAAAAUUACAACUUGUAUAUUUAUUUAUUUUUUACAUUUUGCUUUGACUUUUAAAUUUAGGAAGUACGUUUUUAGCCAAGAAACGUUUGAGCUCCUGUGUCAGUCUCCGUACUCUCACUGCGCCUUCCUAACCCCAUAGCUCUUGAUGCUGGGAAAGCGGAUUUUUUUUAAAAAAAUAAAAUAUUUAAUCUUACUAAGUGUUUAUUUAAAACGUGUAAUGCUUUGGAAAUAAUGGGUAACAGAUAACUAAAGGAUAUGUUUAUAAAGUGAGCAUGUUGUUUCCAUUUAUAAAUAUAUGUAUGAUUUAUAAGCUUUUUUAAAAACAAAGCUCAAAUUGUUGGUAUUUUUCUAAAAUGUGCACAGCUGUAUUUUACAUGAAAGGCUCUUUCUAAUGGGUUGUUAUACUGUGCUCUACAUUUUGGACAGCACAUGAAGUCUGCCAAUGUACUUAAUAAAACAUGACCUUGUUUAUUUAAAGUUUCUUGCUGUGAAAAAGAACUCCCUACCUGUGAGUUCCUUUAUUUAUAAUCCUCGAAACCAAAAUGUAUAAUGUACAGUUUUCACAACUGUAUCCGCUCUAAUAAAAAGAGAAAGUUGGUUAUUAA